AUGUUCUUUUAUACAAAGAUAUUUUCAAAACGUCCCAACCGUCUUACCAGCGAUCACCUCCCCCGACAAAGAUUUACCAACAUAAUUUCGGAAAGUCUGUCUGUCUAUCUGUCUAUCUAUCUAUCUAUCUAUCUAUCUAUCUAUCUAUCUAAUGCUCUCUCUCUCUCUCUCUCUCUCUCUCUCUCUCUCUCUCUUUUGUUUCUAUCUAUCUAUCUAUCUAUCUAUCUAUCUAUCUAUCUAUCCAAGUCUGUUUAUAUCUAUUUAUUUUUUACUUUUUCCUUUUUUCUCGUUUAUUCCUUUCUGCAUUCAUUCUCUCAAUCUCGCCUCUUCUCAGUUAUUCUUUAUGUCUCCAUCUAUCUUUUUAUCAUUCAUUUUUCCUCGAAUGAUAUACUUUUCUCACUACUUCAUACUUUCUUUUUUUCUUUUCGCUCGCUCUUUGUCUCUUUCGUUGAUUGCAUUACCGUUAUUUUUCUUUUUUAUUUGAUUUCAUUAAUCCAUCCUAUCUAUCUAUCUAUCUAUCUAUCUAUCUAUCUAAGGCUAUUCAUAUCUAUCUACCUAUCUCUAUAUCUAUCUAAGGCUGUUCAUAUCUAUCUGUCUAUCUAUCUAUCUAUCUAUCUAUCUAUCUAUCUAUCUAUCUAUCUAUCUAAGGCUGUUCAUAUCUAUCUAUCUAUCUAUCUAUCUAUCUAUCUAUCUAUCUAUCUAAGGCUGUUCAUAUCUAUCUAUCUAUCUAUCUAUCUAUCUAAGGUUGUCCAUAUCUAUCUAUCUAUAUUUAAGGCUGUUUAUAUCUAUCUAUCUAUCUAUCUAUCUAUCUAUCUAAAGCUGUUCAUAUCUAUCUAUCUAUCUAUCUAUCUAUCUAUCUAUCUAUCUAUCAAUCUAUCUAUCUAUCUAUCUAUCUAUCUAAGGCUGUUCAUAUCUAUCUAUCUAACUAGCUAG